UUUCUCACUUCUACGUGAGUAUAAAGAUUCCAUUCCCGUCCUCGCACUCUGCCCAUCACUGCUCAGAUCACUCGUUCAAUCUCCGACCCACAGUUCGUGGAAACCACUGAGAGAGAGAGAGAGAGAGAGAGAGAGAGAGAAUGGCUUGUGUGAGAUUUCUGUGUUCCUUCCUCCUUGUCGCGGUGGCUUGCUCUGCCGCGGCAGCUAGCUUCGAGGGCUCCGACCUCGAGUCCUCCAUCCUCCGGACCGUCGGCAACACCCGCCCCGCCCUCUCCUUCGUACAGUUCGCCCAAGGGUAUGGGAAGAGGUACGAGACAGCGGAAGAGAUCAAGCUGAGGUUCGAGAAUUUCAGGGAGAAUGUCAGGCUUAUUCGAUCCACCAACAACAAGGGCUUGCCUUACACUCUUGCUGUGAAUCAGUAUGCUGAUUGGAGCUGGGAGGAGUUCACCAUGCACAGGCUGGGAGCUACUCAAAACUGCUCUGCCACCACCAAGGGCAACCACAUGCUCACCGACGAUGUUCUUCCCAAAACGAAAGACUGGAGAGAAGAGGGCAUUGUAAGCCCAAUUAAAGAUCAAGGCGGCUGUGGAUCUUGCUGGAGUUUCAGCGCCACUGGAGCUCUCGAGGCUGCUUAUCACCAAGCAUUUGGGAAAGGAAUAUCUCUGUCUGAGCAGCAGCUCGUGGACUGCGCUUCGGCUUUCAACAACUUUGGAUGUGGGGGCGGGUUGCCGUCCCAAGCCUUCGAGUACAUCAAGUACAACGGUGGCCUUGAUACCGAGGAAGCAUAUCCUUAUACUGCAAAGGACGGUCCCUGCAAAUUCUCGGCUGGCAGUGUCGGUGUCCAUGUCCUCGACUCUGUUAACAUCACUAUGGGUGCUGAGGAUGAACUAAAGCAUGCAGUCGCCAUGGUCCGGCCAGUGAGUGUGGCAUUCCAGGUCUCGAGAGGCUUCCAGCUCUACAAGUCGGGUGUCUACACCAGCAAUACAUGCGGUAGCACUUCCAUGGAUGUGAACCAUGCUGUUGUCGCUGUUGGUUAUGGAGUUGAAGAUGGGGUUCCGUACUGGCUCAUCAAGAAUUCCUGGGGAGAGAACUGGGGCGACAAGGGAUACUUCAAGAUGGAGAUGGGGAAGAACAUGUGCGGUGUCGCUACUUGUGCAUCGUACCCUAUUGUGGCCUAGAUUGUUAUUUGGAGAACCACCUAUGGAGUCGGGCGCCGGGUGAUUUGAGACGUGUUGCUUCGCCUCAAGGCGGAGUGCUGUAAUGUAGCAUAGAAGGGUUUAUGCUUAGUGUACAAAAAUAAACUUCAGAACUGGUGCAAUUCCAUAUGGUUACUAUUAUGUCCACAA